AAACCUCCAUACUUCACCCUCUCUCUCUCUCUGUCUCUCUCUGUCUCUCUCUGUGAAAGCUUCUUUGUACUUCUGAUCUUUCUUUCUUUCUUUCGUUCUUUCUGAUUGCUCAUGUUCUGUUCAGUUGAUCACCUAACGUGCGCUACCGGGAGUUAUUCUUUCUUAUCGUGUGCUGCCGCCCUGAUAUAUUUAUGUCGCCGGCGGCGUAUGGAACGACCUUGCUUAUAAGAAUCUCGCGGUAUAGGAGGGGCCACUAGGGAUAAGAAAGAUAAAAGGGUUGCAAGGUCGGACGGCGGGGAUCGAAGAGACGAAUCUUCCCAGAACCGACUUCGAGGAAUGGAAAGCCAGAAGAGCCAGGCGAAGCUCACGAGAACACAGUCCUUACUACUCCGGUCCUCUCCGACCAUACGAUCGUCCUUUCACAGCCUCUCUUCGCUCAUCGAGGAGGACGCCAUCACACCCCGCCAAGAAGACGAGGAGGAGUUGAAGAAACCGAUGAAAUCGGGUUCUACCCCGAGAACCGGGUCGACCCGGUUGGCCAACCCGGUCCUCGCUUUGGCCUUGCUCUUUUUCUUCACCCUCUUGUCGUUGUUGUUCUUCCUCUACUUUUUCUAUCUGAGGAAGGAAGAUAUACCCACUUCGGAGAACCUCCUCCUGGCUCUAAUUUUCAUCGCGGUGACGCUCUUCUUCGCGUCCAAGAACAAGGGUCUGUUCCACCAGACCAUACUGCUCCUCAAACACUCGUUGGAGGAGAACGCGAAGAGACUCGGGCUCUCGAGAACCAACUCGAAGCCGGUCCAGUGGUUCAUCGGCGACCCGAACGUCCCAAAAGCGAGAGGGAGCAAGAAGAUCAUACGGGAAGGCGUGGAGUUUUACAGCAAUGGCGACUUCUAUGAGGGGGAGUUCCACAAGGGGAGAUGUAAUGGGAGUGGGGUGUACAAUUACUUCGUGAACGGUAGGUACGAGGGGGAGUGGAUCGACGGGAAGUACGAUGGGUACGGGAUUGAGGGCUGGGCGAGAGGGAGCAGGUACAAGGGUCAGUAUAGGCAGGGCCUGAGGCAUGGCUUCGGGGUUUACAGGUUCUAUACUGGGGACUCUUAUGCAGGGGAAUGGUCCAAUGGGCAGAGCCAUGGGGUCGGAGUGCAAACCUGCUCCGAUGGGAGCUGCUAUAUUGGGGAGUUCAAGUGCGGGGUCAAGCACGGCCUCGGCUGCUACCAUUUCAGAAACGGAGAUAGAUAUGCGGGAGAAUAUUUUGGAGACAAGAUUCAUGGAUUUGGCAUCUAUCACUUUGCUAAUGGUCACUGUUACGAGGGGUCAUGGCACGAAGGUCGUAAGCAAGGCUAUGGUAUGUAUACUUUCCGAAAUGGAGACACAAGAUGCGGUGAAUGGGGGAGUGCCGGCAGCCUUAAGCAUCCUCUACCACCACUAACUGAGGCAGUCCUUCGAGCAGUGCAGGCAUCUAGAAAAACAGCAGAGAAUGCUAUUAACCUUCCCCGAGUGGAUGAACAGGUAAACAAGGCAGUCAUGGCUGCAAAUAGGGCUGCCACUGCUGCUAGAGUGGCUGCCGUCAAAGCUGUUCAGAACCAAAUGGAUGGGAAGUUUUGCGACACUAAUGUCUAAUGGAUUGGCGCCUUUGUUCGUGUACAUUUUCACUAACUUUUAGUCCUUGGAAGAUGACACCCCAGUGAGCAAAAAGCUCAUCGGAGGUUGAGAGAGAGUUGUUUAUGUUUUGAGUUUUUCUAGAUCACAUUGCAACUUGUAUAUACCCCACCCCAUGUACAUCAAUGGAAGAAGAGUUUUGAAGAUCAAAUGGUUCUUCCCUUUUCUUUCUACUUUGGUUUUUUUCGAUUGUACCUGUAAAUUGAGUGGUUAAUUUCUUGUGGGGCAUCGCCAUACAUAAAGCAUGGAAGCUCCAUUAUUGGUUUUACACAGCAAUGAUGAAUAGGAUAUGAUGCCAGCUUGUCUUGCAUCGUCAUUUCAUAAACUUCGAGGACGACAAUACGAGAGCUUCAUCGAAAUAUAUUUUGGGCCUAUAUAUUUGAAUCCUAACUGUUCAAGCAUCUUUUUAGUUUCUGUGAUGUGGGCAGAUGCAGAUUCUUCAGGAAGCCCCAGCCCAUGCACAAGCUGCAUGUCGACAUGAGUAGCAAGAGAAGAUAACAGAGAUUUGGGUGACCUAAAACCUCCCAACAUACCACCAAAAUGGACGUCUUGAACUCUUUAAUUAUGAAAUGGCUGAUGGACGUCUUGAACUGAUUUGGCAUUUUUGCCAAAUCAGUGUAGUAUACAUCGGGACAAAGGUUCCAAUCAAACUAAUUAUAAGAAGCCAUGUGCUUUCUUCCUGCAA